AUGGAGAACAUUGGAGUGACUGAUAUGGCAACAGAAUCGGAAGAUACGGCAAGGGUACGCACCCUGACCGAGAAAGGUGAGGGAGUCUACAUCUCACAGCGUGACAAGUACUGUCAAGACAUCGAGUACAUGUGGACUCUCCUUGACACAUUACUUCAAGAGACAGACGUCUCACCAGACAACGUGCAUGCUGGAGUGAAGUUGGAACAACAAAUCACGCACGCCCACACACGAUAUCAGAGACUGGUAGAUGAUUAUACGUCCUUCUUAAAAUCAACAAGAACACAGCAAAGUGCCAGAGACUUAGAGGCCGGUAACAGGAUGUGUGAAAGUCGACAGAAAUUAAUCGAUCUAGCCCUUCUACAACUGAGACAGACGACACAGCCAUCCACUCAGGAAGGUGCAAAUUACGUCCGUGACCAGGACAGUAUAGCUUCGUCUCGCAGUGGAGCGUCGACCACAUCAAGCAUCGCUAGAAGGAAACGAGCUAAAGCAGAGGCAGCCAAGGCAGCACUAGUGUUUUCUCAACAACAAGCUGAGAUGAACCACCAAAAGACCUUGAUUCGACAGGAAACAAUCCGCAAGAAAGCUCAGUUUGAAGUAGACGCAGCUGAGGAGUCUACACAGCUUACAAGACUCGACAACGAGAUGACAAUUUUGGCAAGUAAGAAAGAAAUUGCUAUGCUGGAAGCUGAGGCCAGAAUCCUAGAAGAAGAGGAGGGUCAAAUUCGAGACUUCGACUACCGACCUCCUACCAGCCGCAACAACGGGUGA